CCACUUUCUUUACACUGCUGACUAACGGCAGAAAAACGUUGGAAUUUCCUCCCAAACCUUUCUCUCUCUUCAAUAUAUUCCUUAAAAAGUGCUUUGGGCCUCCAUCGCAGUAAAGUCAAGAGAAUCUGAAAGACUCCGGGAAAAUGUGCCCAUGUCAAACUGUGGGCGGGUGAGACAAAAUAAACAUUCAGGAUUCAAGUUUCUUCCGCCCACUCACAUUUUCGCAAGGAGCAGCUCCAAGUUCAGAUCCUCCAGCGGCUGUGUGGAAGCGAAGUCUGGGUUUGAUACGGGGAAAAUGGGCUGCGAACAACGAGAUUACAGCGGAUGAUUUUAACACCAUCACUGACAGCCUCUGGGAAAUCCUUCUUUACCACAUUGCUGCAAUGGCCAGUCUCCUAACUGCCUUGAUCUGUGCUUCUGAGAAAUCAGCAAAUAUUGCUCGAGCUUGUAAACGGGAAGAAGAACUGUUCCAGCUUCUCAUUGAAGAGAAAAAAGGACCAGAUAAAAAUAAGAAGUUUGUACAAGACUUCAAGACUCUGGCAGAUGUCAUCAUUCAAGAAGUGAUUAAGAAUGAUAUAGCAGAAAAGUUUCCAGAACUUGCACCUCAUAUCGCUGGAGAGGAAUCCAACAAGUUUGAAAAUGGUUUGGGUGAAACCAUUACUGUGAAAGUAUGCAAAACAGAGCAAGAAACAGCAGAAUUGCUGGGUAAAGUGCUAGAUGGGCAUCUGAAAGCUGCUAGCCUUUUGGCAAAGUGUAUCCAUGAAAGUGUUCACAGUGAUGGUCCAGACUUGCAGAAGCUAACAAUAGAUAUUCCUAUUGACACCAUAGGGAUAUGGGUUGAUCCUAUUGAUUCAACUAAUCAGUAUAUCAAGGGACAACUCGAAGAUAAAUUCAAAGAUGGAAUCCACACACAUGGUCUAAAAUCUGCUGCUGUACUUAUCGGUGUCUUUGACAGAAACUCGGGGCAGCCAAUCAUGGGAGUUAUUAACAUACCAUUUCAUGAAGUGGACCCCAAUUUAAGGUGGCGGGGGAAAUAUUACUGGGGUAUUUCCUAUAAAGACAUCAAUAUCCACUCUGUACCAAAGCAGAAUCCUGCACACGACCAACUCUCAAUUGUCAUAAGCUCAAGUGAGAAGGAAAGCAUCAAGAAGGCAUUAGCUCCUUUCUGUGGUGAAAGAAUGUACUAUGCUUGUGGGGCAGGCUAUAAAGGCUUGUGCACUAUCCUUGGUUUAGUAGAUGCCUAUGUUGUCACAGAAGACACAACUUUCAAGUGGGAUACUUGUGCCCCUCAUGCCAUUUUGAAAUCUUUAGGAGGAGGUUUUGUGAACCUUGCCAAAACACUCUCUCAGCCAAAAGAUGGAGACCGUGGUGGUUUCCCUGAGCUGCAGUAUGCAAGGCCAGAUGAAGGGGCAAAACAAGCUGACAAGUGGGCCAACACAGGUGGAUUUGUAGCUUACAGGUCCAGAGAGCAGUUAGAGACCAUUAUUAAUGCACUCUGUAUAACUGCAGACACUUAUUUGUAGCAUGAAAAUACCACCUUAAGAUGAAAGUUUGUCUUUAAGUUCCUUUUAAAAAAAAAUCUCACUUUACUGCCAUUAUCCCAUUUGUAAAAGGUAAUUUGUAUGCGAUACAAAAUGGAAAUAUUUUCGAAUCAAC